CUCACAGGAAAGGUGGAAAAACCAAGCAUUGGCAUAUAAACAUGACCCCUUCCCUGGGGUAUGGCUGAUGUAGCGGGUGUGACAGCCUAGAGAGCGUCCGCAUCACAGCCCUCUCCACCAUGAAGAUCAUUGGGGGUUUGCUCCUGUUCUGCACAGUGACCCAUUUCUUCAGCAGCUCAGAAGCUGCUAGCCUAUCUUUAACAACAGGGGACUGCAGCAUUUACAAGAAGUACCCAGUGGUGGCCAUCCCCUGCCCCAUCAUGUACCUGCCUGUCUGUGGUUCUGAUUACAUCACCUAUGGGAAUGAAUGCCACCUAUGCAUUGAGAAUUUGAAAAGUAACGGAAAAGUUCAGUUUCUUCAUGAAGGAGCAUGCUAACUUCCCCACAGACAUGGAUACAGAGCGAUGACAUCUUCACCAUCACCUUCGUCUUCCCUGGGCUCUGACUGCCCUCUCCCUCAUCUCAGCCGGGGCUCUGGGUAAGGGCAGAGACGGAAUGCGACGCAUCUUUGUUGGGCAGAGAAAACUGUUGCGGUCCUCCGCAUGCCUCACUGAUUUCCGGGCCUCCUUUUGUACCUCAGUAAAAGAAUCUCCUUACAUAGUGUACCUCUA